GGCCCAAGCUCGGCCUGCCACAGUUCCGCGGCAUAAAUUUCACAACGACCUUCUCUUCCUUCUUUGUUUAUAAAAUUUGAACGGCGCCGCCCUCCCCAAAUCGCCCCGUUUCCCCACCAAUUCCCCACCCCACCUCGCUCCCCCAAGGUCGGCAGCCGGAGCGAGCGCGAUGGCUGAACCCAACUCGUACGAGGAGCAGCGCAGGAGGCAGGUGGAGGAGACAAGCGGAAGCUGGAGGAGCUGCGCCUGCACCGCCUCUCCGUCGCCGUCCGCGCCGAAGGCGACCAAGCUGCCGAGGCGGUGUCGCGACGCCCCGACUCGGCGGUCCGGCAGGGUCGCCGGUCUGCCCGAGCAACCCGAUUACCGCGGCAGGAAAAUCAGGGGAGGGGCAUAUGUCCAAAGAAGGCAAUUGCCACCCGAUGAUGUGUACGCCACCGACGAAGCGAGCGCCUACGCCCUCACCAAGGCUGAAGAGCUCAAGAGCCAGCUGUGCUCCGACCACCCUUCCUUCGUGAAGCCCAUUUGCUAUAAAACUGCCACAGCUAGCUGCCUGCGCAUACCUCAGCUAUUCAAAGAGUGGUAUCUCCCGUGGUGUAAUGAGAUGAUUUAUCUGGUGGAUGAACAAGAUGUUGAGUUUCAUUUGCCUUACCAUGCGCUAAGUGGUUCCAUCGGCACUGGGUGGAAAAUGUUUGCCAUCGGCCACAACCUAGCUGACGGUGAUUGCUUGGUGUUCCAGCAAGUUCAGAAAACAAAGUUCAAGCCAAACAAUGAUGUCAUGUUGACCGAGUUUCCCACAUCACGAAACAAGAAUUGCAAAUGAACAAAAAGGGAUCGUUAAGACAUAAUGAUAGGGAUGAUCCAUGUAUGUUGAUGUAACUAUGACUAACUAUGCAACCUGUAUUAUGUAAUGCAUGUCUACAUAAUUAGAGCAAGUUCCUACUACGAAAAGGACCACUGUUGACGCCUUUAGCUUCAACUAUUGCGACCACAACAGGUAAGUUGAUCUUACCAUCAUCUGCAUUGGUUCACAAUAAUUCAAGUGUUAAAAAGAUAUAAUUCAUUUUUUCGUGCUAUGUAACCAUUUCCUUUUGCUAUGAUGCUUCGUGCCCCAGCAUUAAUGAUUCUUUUCUCCAUUUGAAUUCCAAGAUGUUCUUGAACAGUUUUCACCUUUACAGUUUACCAUACAAUAGUCUUGAAGAGGAAAUUCUGACUUAUCAGUUUUUUUAUCCCUAGAUGCUCCUUGUUUUGCUGCCGUGCACGAUAGUUAAACCAUGAUGAGUUAAACAUCAUGUUGAAAUUCCGCAAAAAAAAAAUCAUGUCGAAGGUUAAACAGUCAAUUUCUAUAAAAGAAUUAACUAUACUCUAUGAAUCAUUACUUCCAAACUUAUUCCACUUCAAUGUAGCCAUGUUAAGCUGUUCAGUACCCCGCCAUCAACCAGCACCUGUGCACAGCAGUAUAUUUGGCCUGAUUUGAUAUCAUGUUUCGAUUCCCAUAAAAAUUAUAGUGUCCAUCUUUUUUUCCUUAUAAAUUGUGUAGACUAAUAGAUGUAGAAUUGAAUCAAAUUAGUUGCUUCACCUUAGCCUUUAUACUAUCUAACUAAUUGAUUUGCUCAGUGCCUUGCAGGAUGGAAAUAUAUGACUGGAGCGAAGAUCAAUGGGAGCUUUGCUGUCCUGAAGUUUAAUAUAUUAACAUGGAAUGAAGAAUGGUAGUGGAAACAAAGUAUUUCAUUUGAUUGGGUCUGUUAGAUGUAUAUAGUCCAUUGUGUACAUCCCCAUUGUAUAAGGGGCUUUUCUGCACUUUACCACAUCUGUAUAUGUACUGGCCAUUGGCCCUCAGUAAAGCUAAGUAGCUCAUUCCUAA